AAGCGUCAUUUCCGGUUUAGAGAAGUGCUACCAAGUAGCAAACAACAAAAUGGAAGGGAAAAACAAUCUGGACGAUCUGGACGCUCGCCUUCAAGUUCUCGAAAAACGCGUUCAUGGGGAAAGAGGAGGAAAAAACAAUAAGCCAGUGAAGUGUGCUGAAUCACUCACAAGGAUCAGUAGUGCUCUUGCAAACACAGCAAACAAGAGAGAGCGUGUCAAGAUCCUUCACAAAAAAAUUGAAGAUUUGCUGAAGUAUUUGGACCCCCAGUUCACAGACUUCAUUGCUGUGCCAGAUGCAAUGAAAUUGGAGUUUAUUCUAGCAGAGGAAGAGUUUUUGCGUUCCCAGGCCACAUUAUUGGAGCAGGUGCACAAUCUGCAGCCUCUUCUGGACAGCAACCACAUUAAAGCGGUUCCAGAGUUGACCACUAAAGUGCAGCGGUUGUCACAAAUUCACAUUCAACAGCAGGACCAGAAUGAAGAACUGUCUGCUGAAGUGAAAAGGCUGUUUGAAGAAUACAACAAAAUGAUGAUUCUUUUAUCAAAACAGUUUUCACAGUGGGAUGAAACUCUUCGUAUGCUGGAAGGACCCAAGCAAGGCCCGCCGAUAGAUUAGGAUUUGAAUGCUUAGAUUGAUGUUUCAUUUAGCA